UUUCCUCUGUACUGCUGCAGUUUCAUGUCAGGACAGGAGAAAACAGCCUCGCUCCGACCGCAGCGCUCCCAGCUCCGCAUUAAUGCCCCACAAGCAACAUGACGUCUGCCGUGCGCUGCCUGGCCACCGCUCUGGUGCUGUUGUGUUUUUAUUACGGAGAAGCUGAAUCCAAAAAGAUUUUUAAAUGCCCUUCAGGAUGCACCUGCUCCAAAGAGAGCAUCAUCUGCGUCGGUGCCGCGCAGAUCCCCCGGACUAUACUACCGAAUGAGAUGAACUCACUAAGCAUAGUAAACGGAUCCAUUGCGGAAAUCACUGAAGGGGUGUUUUCACUUAUGCCUUCUCUUCAGCUGCUGCUUCUCAAUGCCAAUUCUUUGACUACAAUUAAAGAUGACGCCUUUUCUGGUCUUUCCCACCUUGAGUAUUUGUUUAUUGAAAGAAACAAGAUUAAUACAAUCACCAAAAAUGCUUUGCGGGGUCUGCGAGCUCUGACUCAUCUCUCCCUUGCAAAUAACGAGAUGAGGUUUCUGCCAAGAGAUCUCUUCUUCGACUUGGAUUCAUUGCUGGAACUGGAUCUGCGAGGAAACUCUUUCCAGUGCAAUUGUGAGAACAAGUGGUUGAUGACCUGGCUGAAAAACACGAAUGCCACAGUAUCAGAUGUCAUGUGUGCAGGCCCCAGUGACAUGAAGGGCAAACGACUCAAUGACCUUCCUAUUCCUCCGGGUGAAUGUAUUUCUACAGACUUUGUGCGUCAUCAGUCCAUUCCCAUUCAGUCCAUGUCAUCGGACAUCUUCUCCUUUAAAGAGGACAUCUUUGUGGCGAUGGCUGCCCCGAACUCCAACAGCUGCGUGGUCAUGGAAUGGGAUCACAUUGAAUUGAAUUUCAGAAAGUUUGACAAUAUAACAGGGAAAUCCGUUGUUGGAUGCAAGUCAGUUCUGAUUGAAAACCAUGUGUUGAUGAUAGUCACCCAGCUCUUUGGAGGUUCCCACAUUUACAAGCUUGAUGAACAACAAAAUAAGUUCACCAAGUUUCAAACAAUCGAGGUCUUCAACAUCUCAAAACCGAAUGACAUUGAGACCUUUCACAUGGACGGUGACUGGUAUUUUGUGAUCGUGGACAGCUCAAAGGCAGGCAUGUCUACCCUCUACAAAUGGACUGACCAAUCAGACCGCAACGAGACCGGUUUUCAUUCCUACCAGUUUCUCCAUGAAUGGUUUCGUGACACAGAUGCCGAGUUUGUCGAGGUGGAUGGGAAGAGCUAUCUAAUUUUAGCCAGUCGCUCCCAGGCGCCCGUUAUCUACCUGUGGAACAAGAGCACCCUGAAGUUCAUACUUCACAUUGAAAUCCCCAAAGUUGACGACGUGGUGGCAGUGAAAGCUUUUCGCCUGGAGGGUGACUUGUAUCUGGCCCUCGCCUGUUACAUCGGUGACUCCAAAGUCCUCAAGUGGGCCGGUAAAGUGUUCACUGAGGUGCAGGCUCUUCCCUCUCGAGGAGCAAUGGUCCUCCAGCCUUUCACCUUCGAGGACAGACACUACCUUGCUCUUGGUAGCGAUUACUCUUUCACUCAGAUCCACCUCUGGGAUGCCGAGACCAAAACAUAUCACAAGUUCAAGGAUAUUUAUGUGCAGUCACCUCGGUCAUUCACUGUGGUGACCACUGACCGGAGGAGUUUCAUCUUCUCCUCCAGUCUCAAGGGGAAAUCAAUGGUUUUUGAGCAUAUAUAUAUAGAUCUAAGCUUGUAAAUGACUGAUCACAGUAAUGUGUGUAUGCUACAAAGGAGUCUCGUGUGCUAAAUAAUCUUACUUAUGCAGCGCAAUAUAUGAUUUUUCUUAAGGCAAAAAGUUUUGCAAGGUUAUGCAAAUACUAGAAAUGUAAAGCAGCGUAGAAGAAAUGACUGAUACAAUACCAGAGCUUGUUAACUUGAAGCUGAGGCCUGAAAAACUGAUCAAGGCAUUGUUUGAAAUGAAGUUGCAUGAAAAUAAUGCUGUGACAAAUCUGGCAUAUACUUAAAAAUGUUGACUUAUUCUAAUCCUGACAAUCUAACAAUGCUUGAGGAGAAGAGUGCUUAUUUAUGCAAUGGCUGUUAGAGUAUAUAGCAUGACCAUCCAAUACAGGUAGUGAAAAACGUAUAAGCUCCAAGUCCAUCAUAUGUGAAUCUUUAUGCUGCGCCUGGAAGAUUAAAGGAAAAUGAUGGAGUUAAAAUGGCCCUAAGUCUAAUAUUAGCUUUUAAAACAUUGUAAACAUUCAUUAAAUACUAAAAUACUGUAAUUUAGGCAAUUUUGAGUGAGAACAGAAUAUUUGUUUGCUGCAAAAUGGAAAUUAUUGUUAUCCCUGGGAGUAAUCAGCCUAUUAAAAUAAAUCACUAUUGUAAGCCUUGGUGUCCGUACAGCUAGUGUAUAAAAAUGACAUUUUGGACCGGCCACUUCUAUUUGCUGCGGUGUUAAGUCUGUACAAGUCAUCCUUCAAUGUUACUCAAACUGGUGUAAAUGCACAGACAGAAGACAUUGUAUGAACAAACCCGGAGCCGUGGCCUAUUUUUAAAAAUGCUGUAAAAUGAGUAGUUAUCAGAGAAGAUAAAUCCAUCUCAUCCAACUAACCUCUGUGGUAUGGCUGGCAAUUAAAAAGGGCAGGUUUCUUUUCCAUCAAAGGAUAACAGGAUACAGAACAUAAAUAUGAGUUCACAUGUGCAGUAUUCAUAGCUAGUUUGCAUAUAUGCAGCUUAGUGUCUGAUUAAUAGAAGCAGAAGACCUACUGUUAGUUCCUAUGCAAAAAGUGUUCGUUACAGUGACAUAUUAUGUCAGUUUUAUAAAGCCUGAAAAGCUGCUUUGAUGACAAUAUUUUCAAAUGUGUUUUUGUUUUUUAUAUAUGUUUUAAAUGCUUUUUAUUCCCUGUUGAAAUUUGUUUAAGGUUUGAAAAAAUUGUUCUUUUUUCAAACUAAUAACAAUAGAAUGAUGUCUUAGUUAAGCUGUAUCAUUUUAUAAACAAU